UCAUCUUCGUCCUCCAGCAAAUGGAGACCCGCUAGAUAUGACAAACAUGCAGAUACUUGCUUCUACAUGGUGAAAUUGGAAGCUUUUUCACUUUAUUGGAAUCCAAACGUCACCUUGAAAAAGUGGGACUUACCUUCACAGUAUUAUCAAUGGAGAAACACAAUGUCUGCUAGUCUACAAAAUUAUUCAAUCAAUAAUGAAGACUUCGAAUUUGUGCUGAAUCCAAUGACAUCCAAAAUGAAGACGGUCAUUAGCAAAACUUCAUCGGGUCAGGUAUGCAAGUUGCAAGUUGACAUCAUCGUGCAAGACUGCAACGUUCAACUUUCCAAAGAUCAAUACGACUCCGUUCUGGCUAUCUCGGACGCCAUGGAGAGGAUGAUGAUCAGCUGGCAGUUCUUUUCCAUCAGGCCCAGAGAGAAAAUAGCUGAGAACGCUAGAAUCUGGUGGAGAUACGCAAGCUAUGCCUUGCUAGAACAACGAGUGAAACCUUACACUUGGAGCAGGAUGAGGAGGGUCAGACAGCACUACAAGGAGUACGUUGAGACGUAUAAGCAGAUCAUUUUGAAUCCUAACGAUACGGAACUGAAACUGGAUCUGCAAAAACACGAAGAUAAUUUAUCUAUCGUCAAUGUGGUCUUGGCUAGACAGCAAGCUAGGUUGCUAGUUCAGGAAAGAAGCAUUGGCGAAAAAAGCUUUUGGUCUAUGUUGCCGUCUCCUGAAAGACUACUCUUAUGCGAGAAAAUUGGAUACUUCGAAGAUAAAGAACAAGAGAAUCAAAAGGAAAAUAUGGAACACAACUACAAUUUUCGUCUCGGCAACCUGAAUUUGGUUUUAACGGAUAACUACAAAGAGAUCAUGGUACUGACCCUCACACAAACUAUGUUCUCAUUGGUUCCGAAUUACUCGCAAGAAACUUUCAAAUUCAAUUUGAAAGUAGAGGGCAUCAUAGUCGAAGGCUGCAGCACUGAAGAUCAUCUGAUACCGAUAAUUUCUUCCGAACACUUGAGUGACAGUCCGGCAUAUUUUCUGAAAGUGGAACUCGAAAAAUAUCCUAAAAAGGCCUAUUCUAAAUACAAAUUGAGUAUCAUUAUGGAUUCCGUAGAGUGUAUUUAUAACAAGCCAUCUAUUGAGGAACUAGAAUCUUAUUUGAGUAGAGAAAACUGCCCUACGAAGAACGUCUUGAACGUCAUCAGUGAAAAACCUCCAAAAAUAUUAGACCAAAUGAAAAAAAAGUUAUCAGAAGGUUGGGAAUUCAAUUUCAAUAUCAAAGUUCCUUAUUUUGUCAUUCCAGAAGUUAGUUCCUACUUACAGGCAGAAUAUUUACUUGUCGUUGAUCUCGGACGAUACACAGUCAGUACAGAAUUAUGCCACCACAAAUAUAUAGCUGAAAAUGCCACUCAGAUGGAACUAGAAGAACAACUAUAUACCAAACUAAUAAUGAGUUGUACAGACGUCCAAAUACUUUUCUGUGAUACUAGUGAUAACUGGAAAGAUGCCAGGAAAGAGAAAGACACUGAAAUGCACGUCAUUCCCAAAACUUCUUUCACCUCAACCUACGCCCUUUCUGUGGCCAAUCUAAAGACAAUACCAAGGUACAAGUUCAACAUUGCUUUCCAAAUGCUGAAGCUCAAUAUAUCCGAAAGAAAAAUUGGACUACUACUGAAAUUUUUCAAUAUAGAUCAAAUCAAGAUCAAUAUUAUUCAAGAAGACCCGCAACCAAAACUGUAUAAAAACGAUAUUAUUCUUAGAAGAUUUAGUUCCGCUUAUCUCAGAAAAAUACAAGGAAAAAUCAGAAUCAUCAAUAGUUAUUCCAAGUACAAAAGAUAUAAAGUUGAGAAUAACAGAUCGCAGAGAGUACAAAAAGCCAAAAGCGUGUCUAAGGUUCACAAUAAAGACAUGAAUGAAGCUUGGGCAAGAUGUGUGGAUUUACCAGGGUUGGAGGACAACAUAUCUCCAAAUAAUAACAUUGAUGUCCUGUUUGGAUUUGUUAUAAAUGAAUUCUCCCUGGUUUUCUCCCGAUCAAGUGACAGUACAGAUCGGCAAUAUUUGAUGCUUCGCCUUGGAAUAUUCACAAUGGACAUUGCUCUAAUGACUUUUGGACCCGCCUACCAGCUAUCUCUCAACUCUAUUUUGCUGACUGAUAAGUUGCACACGACCCCAAGUGGACAGUACUUGGAUCUCAUCUUCAGUCCCGUUUCCAAUACUCAAGACCUUGUUACCGUACUCUAUCGAAAAGUUAGUGCCAGUUGCCCAGAAUUUUGGACCCACUUUCACGGGGUGGAAACAUCGUUGGUAGCAAAUUUUGGAACAUUUCACCUGCUCCUACAUCAAGAAGCCAUCCAUACGAUCCUGAAAUACUCAAAAUACUUAACCAAUAAAAUCCACAACCAAAUAUCGCCUUUCCUAAAAACCACUUUGCAGACCUGUCUGAAAAAAAUUAGGGACGUCCUCCAUGCCAAAACAGACUGUCCAGUACCUCCCGGAUCUAUAAAGUUCUCGCAUUCUGCGAGGCUUUCCGAUCUGAAUAUAACCGUGUGUGAUUCAGAUUUCGAUAUAGUAAAUAUACAACUAUCCGGUCUCGAACUAGAUUUUCUGUUCAGAGCUAACGAAAGAUUCGUCUUCAGGUCGUUCCUCAGCAACAUCACCGUCGAACAUUUGUCGGAUGUGACUUUAUAUCCAAAGGUUCUCUAUACAGAUGAAGACAAAGUAUUUGAUAUAAAAUAUGUUCGAAACGCAACCCAUUUGAAUUAUAACAACGAUAUUUCCCCUAACGUCGAUGAAACAUUUAUCGAUGGGAGCUUCAAAUUUCAGUUAGGUCGGAUACAUUGCACAUUUCUGUACAAACUCGUCGUCCAACUUCAGAGGUUCGUGACGAAUUUAGAAGCUCUGCCGUUUUUAGAGAAAAUGUCCACAAAACUAAAACUUUUCCUAACAGAUAUAACGAAAAGUUUGAAAAACGACACCAAAAUUAAUUUAUCCAUAAAUAUUUGUGGGCCAGUAUUCAUCAUACCUCAAAAAUCGUCAUCUCCCAAUGUUUUAGUGUUAGACACAGGAGAAUUGAGGGUCGAAAAUUUCUUCAAAGAUUAUUCAACCGAUAUUACUGAAAAUAUUUUAGUAAAACUUAGUGGGGUUACAGCAUCGAGAGGCGUGAUGACCUUGACAUCUACACUAGAAAUGCAGGAAACUCUCAUAGAACCAAUCACACUGAACAUGGACAUCAAACGGUUUACGAGUUCAAGGUCAUCACAAAACAUUUGGGACAUCGACAGCAUCAUCGACAGCAUCCAAGUGACAUUAGGACAAAGAGAUCUUACCACCCUGAUGUUAAUAUAUACCGAUAACAUAGGGGAAGGGAAGCUGCUGGAUUUAUUUCCGGUUCAAACUAAGUCUCCAACGCAUUUGAUCGAGUCCGACGACAGCGUGAGAACCUUAGAGGCGUUUUUCAGCGAACCAAAACAAAAGAAUAUAUCUGCUAAGUCUACGAUAGAAGAAAUAAGACUCAUGCUUUUCUUCGACUCAGGGGAGUUACUUAGUUCGCCGAUUCGGGAUUUGAGUCAUGGAUUGUGCAAAUUGGAAGUUGCUGAUAUAGAUAUUUCGUUUUUUGUAUAUAACGAUAAGAGCUUGGAUGGUAAACUAUCCGUCGAUACUAUUUUUAUAGAAGAAAUUGGUCCAGAAGCUAAUGCAUUUGAUAAAAUCAUACUACAAUCGCCAACAGACGACCACAAAAAUAAUAACUGCAACAUCACUGUUAACAACCCUCCAAUUGUCGAUGUCACCUUUCAUCAAAAUAAAAACGGCGAUAAAUCAUCAGAUGUGAUCAUAGGAAGACUGAGUCUGAGCCUGUCCAUCCCUUUCUGCGAAAAACUAGCUUUAUUCGUGAUUGAGUGCCUUCCUAAAGAAACUACAGACGUAGGCAUCGUCAAUCCUGGAUACGAAGCUGAAGUCUACACCUCUGUGUCCCAAAAGUCAUACCUAACAAGCGUUACUCUAUCAAUACGAGUCAACCGACCAGAGUUUAUGUUUUUGGUGGAAACUACUUCGAAUAAGAAAAGGUAUUUCAUUACGAAAAGCGAGAUCCUAAUGGACUACUCGAGGCACGCCAACAGACUCAACCUGGUAAUGUCUUUGUCAGGCCUUCACAGUCUAUUCUUCGACCUAAAUGAAUAUUCCGAAGAACCAUAUGUCAUUUUGAAACAAUGUGACCUCGAAAUAUGCAAGAGCUUUUCUGGUGAGUCUGGCGAGAAAAUAACAAUGGCCAUCUCAUCCAUUUACAUCAAGCUUUGCAGCGAAGUCGUUCACUCGUUUAACGACAUAUUAAACGAUAUCGUGGAGCACUUCAAGGUCCCCGAAGUCGAAACAAUCAAAUCAGAAAGGCUGAAGGCAGCUAAAACUCCUGAAGUUGAAGAUCUGUGGGAACCGAAGAAGUUGAAUGAGUUCGUAGACGUGCAAACAGUUCAAGACGCUAAAACGGAUAAUACUGUUGUAAUCCACGAGAUAUUUCUUGUACCGAAGUUUGAUUUCGUGGUUAUAUUCGAGCUUGAGCAAGUUCAAGUCUUGUUGGUCAAAUCCACUGUGGAACUCACUCUUUACGACUGGUCCUCUAUUUUGAAUUGCACGUGCGAGCUCUCUUUGCAGGCCAACUAUUUCAACGAACUCGUCCAAAGCUGGGAACCUCUCAUAGAACCUAUCGUCAUGGAUGAAAAAGAGUACAAACCCUGGGAAAUAAUCAUUAAAGUUUUCCAAGAUAAGUCGCAUCCCAUGUUGGACAACACUGAGUGCAAGAGAAAAGACAAGCCACCAAAGAAGAAGGUCGCUAGUAGAUCAGUGACUACAACUGAAGAUGAAGACUCUGGAGACGAUAUGAUGUAUUUGGAGCCACCAAAUUUGAUCACCGUUGGCCAUAAUAGAAGAGUAAAAACUAGUUUGUCGACUUUUCUGGAUGAUUCAGACUCAGAGAAUGAAGACGGAGCAAUGGAAAGGUUGGCUGCUGCUAUCUCAGAUCUUUUCACAGGAGACUGGAAUGAAAAUGAAGAUAGCGACUGUGGUCAUUCGAGCGACGGUGAUGAUGAUCUCGAAGAAACAGAAAGACCGAAAGACAAACUUGAUAUGCACUUCAACAAAUCCUAUUACAUUCUGAUGGACGCCAAAGAGUCCUUCAACGUUACGAUAUCUCCGAAUAUCAUAAAACUAUUAAAUGAACUCAUCACCCAAUACUCCAACAAAAUCAUUUCAGUGCGAAGCAACAGAAAGUUGAUCAGUUUGACUAAUGACAUCGGACCUCAAACCAGAGUCGAGCUUUAUGAAAAACAGAACUCAGAAGAAAACAAAUUGUUGUGUUCGAAAAGGUACGAGAACGAAGACUCUGCUCCAAGCAGUCCAAAUAAGAGUCAGUAUUUCUUGCCAGAAUACCUUGACAAUAAUUACGAUGAUAAGGAAAGUUUCACAGAUGAUGGAAAAGAAGACUACGAAUUAAUGUACGACUUCGAAACUUUAUCCAGUCUACAAUUUCCCGAUGAGACAACUCCGCAGCUCUACGACAAGAUAAACAGAAAUUUCAUGAAAAUAUUCGUUCCCAAUUUCCUCCCCGUACAAACCAACUGCUCCCGAAGGGAAUGGGAAAAACUGAUCAGGAUCAAUUCAGUAAAUUCUCCACAAACCUACCAUCUUGCGGCCAGACACAGUAUCGGCAAAUCAGGAAGAGUUGUCGUCAUCAGUUCCCCUCUGAAAAUAAAAAAUGAAACUUGCUUCGCUCUAAGUGUCCUUUAUCAACCGUCCAUCCUGCAACAGAUGAACUUGGAACCGGUUGGAGAGAUGACAAAUCCUUUCGAAACAACCAUGAGAAUUGCUGUGCUAGAAGCUCAAGAAGAAUACAAUGUACCUUUGCACAUAGCAUAUCACUGCAAGCUUUUCAUACAACCCGCUUAUGCAGAGGGUCAUUAUGCUUCAGACUCAGGAAUAUGGUGGAAAGACCUUGCGACAGAAAUGGACAGUGCCCACGAUCUCCAUUGCAAGCCAAAAUCAAAUUCGAACGUGGAAAUUUUCUCCUUGAGAGUGAUGUUGAGACGCAACAUAGAAACAAAGAAUUUACAAACACACUCCAUACCAAACUACAUAAUAUACCUCUUACCACCCCUGAUAAUUUAUAACUUUUUACCAUAUACUCUGGAAGUUCUCAACAUCGGCCUCAAACAAGUGAUUAAAGUCGAACCAGGAGAGAAAAACAGUGUAUAUUCCUUCGAUUUCUCUAAAGACCAAAGGGUUUUGAUUAGGGUCAAACACAACUCAACCACAUGGACUGGCAAUCUAAACUUAACUCAGCAUCUUGAGGAGAAAAUAAUUGUUUUGAGCACCGAGAACAAAGAAGAAGUGACUAACUUGGCGGUGAACGUGAAAAGCGAUAGAGAGUGCAGUUGUAACCUCUUCUUCUACACGCCUUACUGGAUCGUGAAUAAAACCGGACUACCUUUACAAAUCAAGGCGACGGCAUCAAAUUCCCUCUACAAUUGCGUCAACGAAGACAUCUUGCUCUUCACCUACAAGAGACACGGGAAACAAACUCUCAGUGUUCGAGUGUACGAGUCCAACUGGUCCAAUGAGUUCGGCCUAGAAUGCGCGGGAACUACUGGUCUGAUUAUUUGCAAAGAUGUGGAAAGGAAGAAAAAAUACAUGUUUUUCUUGAACACACGGCUUUCUAGUAUUUGUCCAAGGUUGACGAAAAUCGUUACGAUCCUUCCAAGUUUCUUGGUUACCAACAACACCAACAGACCACUGAGGUUUAUGGAACAUAAUGAGAAGACUGACCUGUGGGUCGAUUUAGGGCCUUAUCAAACGGUGAUCUUCUGGCCAGAGACGUCAACUAUGGAGAUGUAUGUGAAGUACAGAGACAGCAAAUUAAUUUCCCAAUCGUUCUUCAUAUCGAGUCAACACAGAACGGUUUUGAGAAUCGAUAAAGGGGGUGCCUUGACAGUGGAAAUCACUGGUGGUAUCAAUGACUCAUUCAGGAUAUCUUUCAAUGAGUACAAGUAUGGAGAUGCUCCAGUAAUGGUGAAAAACUACUGUGCAGACCUAUUUUUGAAAAUUCAACAACAAGAUCUGAGUCCUGUGACGCUGUUGAAUCCAUAUCAUUCUCUGCUGUAUACUUGGGACGAUCCAACGAGGCCCAGGCAAUUGGUGUGGAAUGUAUAUAAUAACAAAGGAACGGGGUUUUCAGUAGACAUAACGAAAGAUGGCUAUGGUGAAGAAAAAAUAAGGAUGCACAGCGUAACUCCCACAACUAGUAUUGUGGAAUCUUCCAGCAGUGAAGAUUCUGACAGUUCCGACAGCACCCAGCCAAACCUCAACAAAAAAGUGCACAAAGACAAAAUCACCAUCUACUGGUUGUGUUACCGUGACGGUCUGCAGAAAACUCUGCUUCUCACUCAAGAUCUUAGAAUCUACAACGGAGCUCUGAAAUUUUUCCAAGAACGCUGCCACCUGGAAACUUUGGUUGCCCUAUCAGGAGUGGGAAUGUCAAUUUUCACGUCGGAAAAUGACACGAGAGAACACGUAUACGUCAGUCUGGCAGAUACGCCCGCUAUUUGGGAAGUUAAUGUUGGGCAGAAGUGGAAAACGUUAACUUUGGAGUUAGCGUCUUGGAUUGAAGACAAAUACCGAUUGCAUUACAAGAAAUGCCAGCUCAAGGAAUAUGUGCAUAUAGAUUUCGAAAAAAUGUUCAUGCUCAAACCUUUUUUCGCAGAACUACGAAGAACCUACCACCCCGCGGUGUAUUUCCAUUUCAGAAAGUCGCAAAACUAUCAGUAUUACAAUUUGAGACUGCAGUCUUUCCAGAUCGACAACAAACAAAGUAGCAACAUAGUUCUUCAUCCUAUCACAUCCCAAACACUGAAGGAGGUUGCUCCUUUCGCCGAAGUUUCGAUUUCGAAAAUAUCCUCCAAAGAUUCAAAUAUUUAUAGGCACAUCAAGUUUAGACUCGGGAGCUUUUUCCUCAACAUCGAGAACGACUUGUUUUUAAAGAUUUUCGGUAUGCUGGUAAACAUUAGGAAAUUUUCUGAUGAAGGAAGUGGGUCAUACGUCAAUGAAGUCAAGUCCGUUCAUAAACCAAUCACUGCCAGAUAUAACGAUACAUCACAGGGUAGCAGAAGCGUCAUAGAGUACUUAACACUGACCGGUUUCAAUGUACAGCUGAAUAUUUCAAAUAAAAUACAAAUGGGUCUGGCCGGGAAAAAAUCUCAGGCUUUCAAAGUGCUGGACUAUCUUUUUCCCUACAAUAUGUCUCCCUACAUGCCACUAGAAGGUGUUCACCAUAAGAUUCCUUCGAUAGAACAAGUGGAAAUCAGUGAAACUUUGUGGAAAUCAAUUUUGAAUUUGGUUGAUCAAGCUUCCGCACAAUUUUUACAACAGUAUUAUUCACAUGUCUUAGGCCUGCAAGUUUUGGUCAAUACUUUUGCGAUCCAGCCAGCAAUUGAGGUUGAAGAAUUUGAGUCAGAAAAAAUGGCGAGUUUCCUCCU